AUGGUCUACGCCAGUGUCCUGCAGCAUUACAUUUACAACUCCCCGCCCAAAAGCAUUCACGUCUGGAUACAGGCUCCCGCUUACAUACUCGUGGCGUUCUCCGAAGCGUUCAUCAUCGUCACCGGACUGGAGCUAGCCUUCGCCCAGGCCCCAAAGAAUCUUCGUUCGGUUGUGUCCGCCUUAUUUUGGUUGACCAUUGGCAUCGCCGCCGCCAUUUGUAUUGCGCUUGCACCUGUUUCGCAAGAUCCUUACCUCGUUUGGAUGAAUGGUUCGCUGGUCAUUGUUGGUUUUGUGUCAGGAUGCGCUUUUAUUUUUGCUCUUAUCCUGGGCGCGAUAGGAAAGUGA